AUGCCGCUGCACGCGUCGCCAGGUUCACCGGUGACUGAUACCAGUCUCGUGCAGCCGUCCUCAUCCCCGCGUGACCCAUCUCGACCGCAGCCGCCGCCUGUGCGCGUGGAUGAGUUGAAGCAGGGAGCCAUCCGCGCAAUCAUCCGCGCGGAGGAGAAUUACCGCCAGGCGUUCCACGCGCUGCAGGAGGCGCAGGCGCGGCUGGAGAGCACGCGCAUGAUGGCCGCGGAGCUCAACGCCAUUCCGCCGCUUUCGCUGCCGCCGUCGCCGGCGCACUCGCCGCCCGCGUCGCCGUUGCGGUCGGCACCGCCGUCGCCGUCGCUGUCGCGGUCGCCCAGCGCGUCUCGACUGGACACCGUCGAAGCGACGUUGCUAGAUUUAGACGUACACCUGGACGCGAAUGGGUCUAGCGUGGAAAGCGCGGGGUUGGAGGGUGGUCUGGUGGGCGGCAUGGGUCGAGCGGCGGAGCCGGAGGUGGUGGUGGCGAUGAUGGACUCGCUGGCGGCGCAGAGAGAGCGCUCGCGGGAGUCGCUGCUGCUGGCGGAGCAGGUGCUGCGCGACCGCCUCGGUGAAGCGCACGUGCAGGUCAGUCGAUGCCCUUGCUUGUCCUGCGUCCGCUCUUGCCCCCUCCGCCGUUCCCACAUCCGCGCUUCCCCCACCCCUCCAUUUCCCCUCCACCCCCUUUUCCCUCCCAUUCUCCUCUCUUUGCUCUAUCCGGUCCCGUAUCGUGCUGCUCUGCACUCUUUAUCCGAAAUUCUCACCCGCCCACGCAUCGCCUUCUCCCUUCUUCCGCCCGGUUUUCCCUCACGCCCGUUUUCCCUUCUCGCCUGUUUCCCCUCCCUCCCGUUCCCUCUUCCGCCCGUUUUCCCCUCCCGCCCGUUCCCUCUUCCGCCCCUUUUCCCCUCCCGCCCGUUCCCUCUUCCGCCCGUUUUCCCCUCCCGCCCGUUCCCUCUCCCGCCCAGCCAAGUGAUCGACCACCACAUAGAGAUGAUGGACUGCGGCGGCCAGUACCACGUCGCGCACUGGCUCGUCGACAAGGUGCAAGAGAUCGCCUCCGCUUCCUCGUCCGCCGACUGGAGCACUGCUAACGCCGCGUGCAACGGCGCCAUCGGCGGCGCACCGGCCGGCGCCGGCGCCGUUGACGGCGGUGCUGCGGCGGCGGCGCCGCUCGCCGUGCCUGUGAACCUGGACCUGGCGGCGCAGGGUUACGACGACCACGCAGUGCGGUUCCUGCAGCACCUGCCGUACGAUCGAGUGCUCAAGAUCCGCACCAUCGCAUCUGACCCGCCUCUCGCGCUGCUGCCGUCGCCGGAUGCGCCCGACGCAGCGGAGAGCAGGGAAACGGUUACGCGGACGGCGGAUUCGUCGUCCACGUCGCCUGGCGAAAUCUCCGCCAGCUCGGCGAAAAAUUCUGCCGUUACUGCUGAGUCGGUGUCUGCGGUAUCAGCGGGCGAGCAGGAGGGAGCAGCGGAAACCAUGCCGUUGCGGAGUGCCGUGCAAAGCGGCCAGCAGAUCGCGUUUCAGGCGCCCUGGGCUAAUCUCCUGCCAGGAACCGUUGGCUGGUCACCGCCCGGUCUCCUCCCAGCUCCCGCUGCUGCUAACGAGCGCCAGCCCCGCGAGACCAGGAGUCGGCGCGCGCGGGUUUCAAAGCGCACUGCGCCUGCUGCGCCCCCCGCGGAUACUGUGGACGGCGGAGAGUCUUCCGCGGAGCCGGUCUGGCUACCCGCGUCGAGCUUCGAGCUGGCGGAAGCAGCAGCUGCACUGAGUCAGACAGGCGCGGGGUUAGCGGAGCCGGGGCCGGCGGUGGGGCAGUGGAAGCAGUGGGACCCGCUGGACCUGGCGUCGUCGUCGGCGUUCGUGAAGGAAUUUGGCGACGACGACGACGACGCGUACGACGCACGGCUGGUGAACAUGGCCAUGGCGGCGGCGGCGGACCGCGGGCAGGAGGAGAAGGAGCGGCAGGCGUGGAUGCGCAUGGAGCUGCUGCUGGUGUGCUGCGCGGCGCUGUACAUGGCGUGGCACUGCGACGCCGUGUCACUCGCGAAAGACGUGUACGUGCUCGCGCUCGGCUCCGGCUUCGCGUUCCUCGCGGCACAGUUCGUGGGGCUGCUGCCGCAGCGGUGCCGCCCGCAGCUGGGGGUAGCAGGGCUGGAAGGCACUGAGGGAAUCCAGGGAAUCCGCUGCCCUCUUCUCGUGCACAUGGCUGCGACGAGUGCGGGGCUGGGCUCGUCUGGUGAUACGCUGCCUGCUGCUGGCAGUGGGAUGACGCCGUCCGCUGUAGGGGGCGGGGCGGGGGAGGUGUGGCGGGAGGCAGGAGAAGGGGUGGUGCUGGAGGAGGCGCAACAGCAGCAACUGGACGCCAAACGCCAUCGAACAUGGGAAGCGGCCAUUGAGGUGAUUGGCCUGGUGUCAGCCCUGCUCGCCCUCUCAACCGUGCUGGCUCUCCUCAUCAAGUCCUUCCACCUCCUCCUUUCCUUCCUCACCUCCUCUCUCUCACACGGAGUGGCACGGGGAGUGCAAGUGCUGCUCACAUGGUUCUCUGCGUCGCAGCUCUCAGCCAUCGCUGCGUGGCCGGCGGCUGGCUGGAUGUCAACGACUGCAGCUCUUCCUUCCAGUAUUCUCAGUAGUGAUUUCGCUCUGCGAGGGGCCGUUCUGCCCCUGUCCCUCUCACUGACUUCGGCUGCUGCUCUCACUCUGCUGCUGCUGUUUCGUCCAGCCAAUGGCUCGUCUCAGCGUGCUUAA